AUGAGCGACUCACAAAAGGAAUCCCCUAUAACAAAAGAGGAGUUUGAGACAUUCAGGAAAAUCUGUGUGGAAAGCAAUAACUGGAAAGAGUACACCCGAGAAAACAACACUGUGUGUUAUCAAGGUGUUGAGGUUAAAAGUGGGUAUUUCUGUAUGAAGGCCGUGACAGACUUGUUUGUGAAUUACCCUACAACACAAAUAUUUGACUUUUUGAAUGACGAGGAAUUCAGAGACCAGUGGGACUCCCUCCUGCUUAAAAGAGAAAAACUAAGGCAAAUUGAUGACUCAAACCAAAUCAUUCACUACUUCACAACACUCCCAAUGGUGGCUAAUAGAGACUACGUCUACUACAAAAGCUUGUGGAUGUCCGACGAUAAAGACGAAUUUAUCAUCAUGAACAAAUCAAUAGAGUUGCCCGACUGCCCAGCCACCUCGGACUAUGUCAGAGCACAAUGUGAGAUGAGCGGUUAUAUGGUCAAAAAAAAUGAUAAGGGUGAGGGCAUCUUUUACUAUUACACUUACAAUGCAUUUGGAGGGUGGGUUCCUUCUUGGGUAAUGAACUCACUCAUAUCGUCACAAGGACUUUCGCUCAUGAAGAAGUUGGUUGCUGCGUGCGAGAAGUACCCAGAGUGGAAGAAAACUCACAACCCAGAAAGUAAACCAUGGAACACACUGAAAGACAAGAUUAAACUGUCUCAAUAA